CAUAGCGAGCAGUUGAGUCGAUACCGCGCGCGGGAAGGCGCGUCGUCCAUUAGGAUUUUUAAUUUACAAAUAAACUUGAGUGACAGUGAUAAUGCCUAAUAUUAUAAAUGAGGUUAAAUUAGAUUUUAAGGAUGUAUUAUUACGACCUAAAAGAAGUACUUUGAAAAGCAGAAGCGAUGUAGAUUUGUUCCGAGAAAUAACUUUUCGCAAUUCCGGUCAAACGUACCGGGGAGUACCCGUGAUGGCGAGCAACAUGGAUACUGUCGGUACUUUUGAAAUGGCGAAGGAACUGUCGAAGCAUGGAUUGUUCACAUGCAUCCAUAAAUACUACUCAAUCGAGGAAUGGAAAAAAUUUGCCGAGGAGAACCCUACGUGCUUGGAACAAAUGGCGGCAAGUUCUGGCACAGCAGAAGUGGACUUCGAGCGAUUGUCAGAAAUCUUGAACAACGUUAAGGAUCUCAAGUUCAUCUGUCUAGAUGUAGCUAAUGGGUACUCCCAGCACUUUGUUGAGUAUUUGAGAAGAGUUCGAGCUGCUUUUCCUACUCAUACUAUUAUUGCUGGUAAUGUCGUCACCGGUGAAAUGGUUGAAGAACUUAUAUUAUCAGGAGCCGAUAUAAUUAAGGUAGGAAUAGGUCCAGGGUCUGUGUGUACGACUCGAAUAAAAACCGGCGUCGGGUAUCCGCAGCUGUCGGCUGUGAUCGAGUGCGCGGACGCGGCGCACGGACUUAAGGGUCAUAUUAUUUCGGAUGGUGGUUGUACUUGCCCAGGAGAUGUAGCGAAGGCUUUUGGAGCUGGAGCUGACUUUGUAAUGGCAGGUGGUAUGUUUGCUGGUCACGAUCAAUGUGGAGGAGAAGUUGUGACCAAGCAUGAUGGGAUAAAGGUCAAGCUGUUCUAUGGCAUGUCCUCAUCUACAGCUAUGUUGAAACAUUCUGGUGGUGUAGCUGACUAUCGGUCUUCUGAAGGAAAAACAGUAGAAGUCGUAUACCGGGGAGACGUAGAAGCUACAGUCAAAGAUAUCCUAGGCGGUCUCAGAUCGGCCUGUACCUAUGUAGGCGCGGCUAGGUUAAGAGAAUUACCUAGACGAGCCACCUUUAUCAGAUGUUGUAGACAAGCUAACGAUGUCUUCUCCUAACUUAUGAUAGCCUUGGAUGAGCUAGACGUGAGGAAAUUUUAUUAUUGCAUAGAUUGAAAAGAAAAUUUUCUCAAAAUUUAGAUAGAUACAAAAUAUAUGUUGAAAUCAUGUUAUGUUGAAAUCAUGUACUAUAUGAAAAAAUAAAUGAUCUGUAAUUAUUAUUUGAAUAUUUAGGUUUUUUAAAUAAAAUAAUCUUUUUUUUUAAUUUUUUGUAUGUGUAUAAUCUGUUGAACAUUGUCAUUACUCCUUUUUAAAAAUAAAAUCUAACUAAUACGUAGUAAUUUGGUAAAUAAUCUUACAAUUUUCUUCCUAAAAUUGUUACUAUUAAAAAAAGUAGAAUUCUUGCUAAAAAUAAAAUAAAAUUGUUGUGCCUAAUCUUAAUGUAAGAAUAAAAAUAUUUUAAAGACUACAUCUAAGCAAUACGUAUAAGCAAAAAGGUGUUUCUAUAAAUAUUAUUUAAUUAGUAAACCUCCGUGGUUGAAUUUUUCUGAUUAUUUAAACUUAGAAUACUUCUUUUGUAUGACAUUUAAACUAUUUUAAUUACAACUCAAUUUGAAAA